GAUAAAAGAAGAUAACAUACCUGGUAAUUGAUGAUGUGAUACCGAUUUCUUAAAAAUAAUAACAGGAUGACGAAGAGCCAGUUGUCUUUUAGGCUUCGACAAAAUGCACCGCAACAAACUCGUAGGGAAUCCCGCGAUAAAAGUCACAAAAAACCUCAAAAACCACCACCAAAUAAACCAGCAGAAGUUUCUAGCAGUCCCGGGUUAAUAUUUCCAGCAAGCGAUACAGCUUUUAAAACACUUCUAUCAGCAAGAUUUUGCGCUGCAAUAUGGUCACACAUAUCAGAUUGUGAUGAAACUUUUAAUUACUGGGAACCUAUGCAUUACUUAAUUUUUGGUAAAGGCCUGCAAACUUGGGAGUACAGUCCACAGUUUGGACUGAGAUCCUACUUUUAUUUAAUGCUACAUGCAGCACCUGCUUGGAUAUAUCAUAAAUUGGUACAACCCAAUCCUUUACUAAUGUUUUAUUUUGUUAGGUGCAUAUUAGGAGUCAUAUGUGCAAGUUGUGAAGUUUAUUUUUAUAAAUCUGUUUGUAGAGAAUUUGGGGUUCACAUUGGUAGAAUAUGUCUGGCAUUUCAGUUGUUCUCAGCUGGCAUGUUUAUUUCUAGUACAUCCUUUUUGCCAUCCAGUUUUGCCAUGUAUACAUUUGCAGCAGCAUGUGCGUCUUGGUGGCAGCAAAAAUAUGCCUUAGCGAUAUUUUUUACUGCACUUGGAUCCUUGUUAGGUUGGCCUUUUGCAGCCUUACUGGGUGUUCCAAUAGCUUUUGAUAUGUUAGUCAGAAGAAAACUGUACCUGGAUUUUGUAGCAUGGUCUGCAUUAUGCGCUCUAGUCAUUUUAGUACCGAUGGUCGUUGUAGAUUCAAUGCUUUUUGGUAAAUUAAUUAUAGCUCCUGUAAAUAUUGUGCUAUAUAAUGUAUUUGGGGGAGCAGGACCAAAUCUUUAUGGUACUGAACCGUUUACCUUUUAUCUCAUCAACGGUUUUGUAAACUUCAAUUUUAUUUGGAUUUUCGCUCUAUUGAGUCCUAUAGCAAUAACCUUAAACUACUUCUGUGUGCCAGCUAAGAAUAAAUGCACGGUGUACCUACCAUAUUGGCUGUCAUUGAGUCCUUUAUAUUUAUGGCUUCUUGUUUUUAUGAUUCAAGAACACAAAGAAGAAAGAUUCCUUUAUCCAGUGUAUCCCCUUAUUUGUCUUAGUGGAGCCAUCACUGUUGAUAUAAUCCAAAAAUUGUGGUUUAGAAUAUUGAACUUAAUACAGAAAAUGCCUCAAGGGACACAUUAUCUGGAUAAGACUAUGUUUAUAAUGUUUCUAAGCAUAAUGUUGACAUCUUUACUGGGUAUAUCAAGGAUACUAUCUCUUCAUCGAAACUAUCAUGCAUCUAUCGAUUUGAUGAUGGAAUUAAAUAAGUAUCCCGUAGAACAAAAGAUUUCCGAAAGAGCUCAGAUUAAUGUUUGUUAUGGAAAAGAAUGGCACAGAUAUCCAAGUUCCUUCUUUUUGCCAAAUGUUAACUGGAAUAUUAGGUUUAUAAAGUCAGAAUUUGACGGAAUGUUACCGGCGCCUUACUCAGUGGGCGACAACGCUACCAGCAUCGUCCACGAAUACUUCAACGACCAAAAUCGAGAAGCCCCCGAGCUCUACUUUGAUAUUAACAAGUGCCACUUUCUCGUGGACACAGACUUAGGCAAAGAGACCGCACUGGAACCCAAUUACGCAAACCAGAAGGAUCGAUGGAAAGUGAUUAAGACUCAUCGUUUCCUAAACCAGUCCAAAUCGCAUCCACUUUUUAGGGCGUUUUAUAUUUUGUAUUGGUCCGAUCGGUAUGUCACUUUUAGCAAUUUUAGUCUAUUGCAGUCGACUAGAUUAAAAAUAAAAUAACAAACAGUAAAAAAGAAGCUAAAAGAUAAGGCUGGUGUUAUGACAAUAGUACCACAUAUGUUAUGAAUUUCUACUGUUUAUUUUGGUAAGAUUCGCGAUGCAAAUUCUUCACACUUUUAUACUAAAAUAGCUUAGUGGUCGAAAAAUAGCGAAAAAAAAAAUAUUUUUCCCAAUUAAUUUGUAAGUCAUAAAUAAUUUUUCUAUUCAUAAAUUAUUUUAUCUGUCGUAUUCACUUUUGGUCAUACGUUUCUUCCAAUGAUUUCUAUUCAAUGAUUUGAGGCGUAUAAAACAGGUAUAUUGGCCCUAUUUAUUAUUUAUCGUAUGACACCUGACACAUUUACAUUUAAAUUUACAUAUAUUUUGUAUAAAACAUAAUACAUGUUUACAAACGAACAUCUAACUUAUUUAUAUAGUCUAUCGACCUGCCAUGAUGGGAUCUUGUGGAACACUGUUCUGUGACGUGACAGAUGGUUUGUGGUUGUCCGCAGUCACAGAGUGGGGAAGGUUGUUUACCACAUUUGUGUAUCAUGUAACCGCAUCUGCCGUGUUGGGUUCUGAUUCGGUUGAGCAUAGUCCAUGUGUUGCGUGGUAAGUCAAAACUUGGUGGUUUUUGUGAUGCAGGGUGCUGCUAUUUUGUCGUUUCAUCUAUUCUCGAGUCCAAGUGGUCGAUAAGUUGAACUGAUUUUCCACAGCAUUUUGUGCUGUUUUUAUUGGCAAGACGGUUACCGCUGGCAGCAUCUACAUCUUGAUGGAUUGGCAGGAUCUCGUUACUAAGUAUCUUUCUGUACUCACUAGUGAGGGAGUGUAUGCGUCAUAGUUUGGGCGGUGGAAGUACUGGAAGCCAUUGCGUAGGGGUGGAUUUGAUAACGCCGGGAAUUAUUCUCAUUGUAUUGUUCAAUUGGACAUCUACUUUGUGUAUAUGUGGGCUGUUAGCCACACUGAAUAGCAGUAUUCCGCGGUUGAGAAGACCAGGUUCAUGGCAGAUGAUCGCAAGGUGGAAGCCGAUGCUCUCCAUGUUGUGCCGCACAGCUUCUGGAUAAUGUUGUUUCUGGAUUUAAUUUUUUCGGCUGUUUUUCACAGAUGUUCCUUGACAGAUAGGGUUCUGUCAAGAGUCACUCUAAGGUAAUUUGGUGUUUUAUUGUAGGCAAGUAUGGUGUUUUCUUUAUCUACUUUCCCACUGUGUGUACGUCCGUCGUGAGGAUUUCUUCUGUUUCUUCAAAUGACUUACACCUUGUUGUAAGUGCUCAGUCAUUGGAGUAACCAAACUUCCUUGAUUUGGUUUCUGCUAUAUCAGCUAUUCAUAUCAGCAUUCGUUUGAAUCCCUCUAUAUCGUUGAAAUACUAAGCACCACAAUAUCGCAAAAUACUCUAUCUUAAUUAACUGGAAAGUAGCGGAGUUGUGUAACCUUUUGUUUCGCCAAAAACUGUUGCACAAGAUUCAAUAAAUGUGCUGGUGUAUGUGUGAUUAAUAAAACAGCUAUUGCUUGCCUAAAAAUAAGCCAAUUGUAUUCUGACGCACUUUUUGUAGCACUUAAACUUAAAAUAUGUGUUGAUUGUCACAUCCCUUGGAGCGUAUUCAAGCUACACAGCACAAGCUGCAUGGACGUCUUCCAUUGUGAACUUUAUUUUUGUACCAUCAUAACCGUAAACUCAUACCUGAGUUUUGGAAUGAAUUUGGCACACAUUCGAUUCAUUUACAAAUUUCCUGUUACAAUUUUCUUGUGUGGUCUGCACUUUAUAGCAAAGCUAGUUGUUUCUUUUCAAAGUAUUUCUCAGUGUUUUUUCAUUUGUCAACUGUCACACACCUGUUUCCCUAAUUUCUCCUUGACUUUCCCGAGGUUGAUCUAAUGGGCAGCAGUUUUUACAUCUGCCAUUGGUACAGCCAAACUUUUCAUAUUAAUGAAUAAUUGCCAAUACAGAUUUUUCUAAGAGUAUUUACCUAUGUAAGAGUAUGUACAGAAUGGCCCUAGUAAAGUGCCAUUUUAUUGUUUGUACUCUUUCUACAAUUGUGUAAAUAGUCGGCAUAUUGAAUUUUGAUUAUCACACCUUGCUACUUUUAAAAUAAAUGAGAGAUACACUUGAAACAGUGUAAUUGGAUCGAAAAUAAUCGGUUUUAGGUAUUGUUUGAUAUAUCGCUAUGAUGGGGGCGUUCAUGCACAAUGUGGAGGAGAUACUAGGGGAAAACGAUUGUGAUAUUUAUCUAUCAAGUUAAUGUAUCUUUGUUAGAUAUCUCGCUGAUUUUGUAAUACUCAUAAUUUUUUCCGAACCUUUAUAUUGUUUUUAUGAUGCUUUAGUAAGGUAACCAUUAAAAGAAUUGAGUGGUUUAUAGCUCCUACCUCAUUUCAAAGCUCUUGUUUUAAAAAAGCCCAAGAUUACCAAAUUAUUACGGAUAGUUCAUAUUCUUUUUUUAUAGGGUAGAAAUUUAAUAUAGAGCUGACACAAGUACUUUCAAAUGAGGUAAAGCUUGCCAUAUAAUUCAAUAAUUUUUAAAAUGGUGCUCUUCCGCCAUUUUGAUUGUUUACAACACUAAAACAACUUAGAAACAACGUACAGCUAGCUGCCUUACGUUUGUUUAUGGAUGAUUAUUGUCAAAACACUGUAUCUGUAAUUAGUUUAUAUAUGUAGAUUGAUUUGUAACAUAUGAUAAUAUAGUGUAACAAUAAUGAACAGGAUAAUACAGAGCUCUAUGCUUCAUUCAGCAAGCGAGGUAGAAGAGGAAAAUGAUCAUAAAGAUGUGCCGGUUUAAUAAGACAUGUUUAUAUAUUUCAAGGCUAACAAGUUUUUUAAUAUCAAUUAUCAAUACGACUAUUAGUAUGCUUUGAGCCAACAAAUCGGCAAAAGAUUAAUUUAAACGAUUCUCUUCUUCAAGUUUCAAUUGGAUCUACUACUAGAAUUCCACAGCCUCUAGUCGAUGAAGGUGUGUUUUUUGUAUUUGUACAUCUAUUUUGUAUUCUUGUAUCACUCGUGUAUUAAGUAAAAGUGCUAUCCGCGUGGGUGCUACUAUCUACUCCUAUACCAUUCAUUGUCUUUAUGACUCAUGUGGAGUGUUGUCAACUAUUCACCUUUUUUGCUCAAAGCAUCCUUUAGUUCAUUGUACCACUGCAAUUUCUGUCAACUUUCUCACUUGGUACGUAUGCUGACAGAAGUAACGAGAUCAUUAUCCAACAACAACAAAAAGAGUCGAAUCGAGUUACAUAUACUAUAUCAGAAGCCAUUUCAUAAUGGAUAAAAUAAAGAUAACAUCACAAUAAACACCACUACUAUAUCAAUUAAACUUUUCUUUAGAUUUUCAUGCCAAAAAUAUUUUUGAAACCAAAAUUAUGUGACUGACUCCUUUAUGUUAACGCGUUGCAUUCUUAAACGCUAACGAUAUGUUAUUGAUAGGUGCUGAGAGUAUUUUUUUUUGUAAACCGUUAUAACUGUGAUUGGUUUCUUGUUGACAGAAUACAUUUAUAAAGGUUUUGCUAAAUUUUGUCUUUCUUAAUUCGUGAGGCUCAUAGGCGUCGUCAGAACUAGAUCAUUAAUGUUUCAUCCAUAAUGCUAAGAGAGUCACAUGUGCGUCUUUGAUUUUUAAAUUGCAGAUUUUUGAAAGAAACAUUUACUGGAAAUUUUAAUAGAAAACAUAUUACAAUAAUAAUAUUAAUAAUUACAAAUUAUUAUCGUUAUAAAACUGUACAAAACAAUUUCCAAAAUAAAGGCCAAGUUUUUCAGGACAGAAGCUGCACUCAAAUAUCGUCUUUUCUUGAAAUUAUUCUUUGAACAUACCUUACAUCUUUUUCUCUUUAUCCGACCUUUACUAUCAACAUUUAAAAUUAUUGAAAUGUCGUGCUUGUCUGUUGUUUGUAUGCUGGAGUAACCAAUACUAUUUCAAAAAUUUUUUAAAGAUCCACUCCACUUUCCUACUAAAAUGCCAUAUUUGUAUUGCCCUAUUGUCUGCCCUUGUGCUAGUUUAGCUUCUGGAAGCUAAAAGAAAGAUAUGGAAGACCAGUCCCUGGAACAUCUACUAAUAACCCAGAAGAUUUGGUAAAAUUAAAAUUUUGCAUUCCAAUAGGAGAACUAGAAGCCUUCAUAUCAAUGCUUAGUUCACUUGAAAUUUCUACUGCUUUUCUUUGAAUAAUUUUAUCAGAAACAAUAUUAUUUUUUAACCCCAAUUUACGAAGCAAAUCGAAAAUAAUUUGAUUUAAUACAGCACCCGAGAAGAAAUUACCGAAACAAAAGACAAUCGAAGAAGGUAAUGGAAACAUUCUAAAAGGAGAAAAAGAAACAAUAAGGACAUAGACAGAGUAUUUUUUCUUAUGUAUAUAAUAAUGCCGUGGCUGCUCUAGCAGGACCAACCUGUCACUUCUGGACCAGCUUCAUAUAAACGACAGGCUAAUAAAAAAAAAAAAAAAUAAACCGAGAAUACCUAAAUUACUUUAGCCAUAAGAACUAUGGAACUAUUGGUAGUAGAAGGAAAGGUAGAACAUGUUUUUGAGAAACGCUUGAUAAAUAAAGUUAACAGAUAGUUUCCUCUACAAACUCUUCCAAAAAGUAAACUUUUAUACACAAGGGUAUUUAUGCUAGACAAUACAAAACAUAGGUAUCUUAAAAUUCACAUAUCUUGACGGUCAUAGUCGUGAUUAGCAUACAACGUGUUAAGCGUUUAGCUGCUAAAAAUGGUCUAAACUGUUCACUGAAGAUACAUACAAAUAGAUACAUGAAUUCCUUUUAAUGUAUCAUUUUCUAUAUCUAGACUGGUUCGUAUAUAUACUCUACCUAGCUAGAAGAAUGAAGUAUAACAUCUUUCCAUAUUCCAACUUUUAUACAAUAAAACAUAUUUUCAUUUGCUACGUACAUUGUAGAAGUUUACUAUUGUGAUAUCACCAUUUUUUUUAACUAUUUAGGCUACCCAAAUGUAUACUGAUUUUUUUUAAAGUAGCUCUAAAAGACUGACAGAUUUAUAGAGUACCAAAAUGUGAACUAUAAGUUCAAAAGUACUGUUAGCUCUGAAUGAGAUUAAUAAUUGAAAAUAAAUGUUAAUAAGAAGGGUAAAUAUAAAAUUAUUGUUAUGUGCAAUUUUUGUUACUUUUUUUUCAUACAACUUUUGUAUGUUUUGUUAAUAAAUGUUAUUCAACAGUGA